AAAGCUCUCCUGCCCAAUAGCAACCGCGCCCUUUGCGCCGCGCUCCUUUAGCGUUUCUGCUAAAGCCACUACUUUUCCAGUCGGGCAGUGCCAAGAAAAGGACACCAACCACCAGCUUCGCAGCCCCUGGUCAGAGUCACUCUUUCGAACUUCGAAGCGCCGAACAGUUGAUGUACUUUCAGGGAUAGCCUCCAAUCAUCUUGACCUCACGUUCAGCAGCAGGUAUCUCGAGAUCUCUUCCUCGAGGUCUGACGAACGUGAUGCGGCCUUCGAAUACUGUUGAACAAUACUUAGUCUCACCGAUUCUUUGCUCUAGCUUGGUUCUUCCUGCAAAGCGCCAGGAACUUGAACCCGAAAAAGCAAUUUUAUGUUGGUGAUGGGAUUUAACAUCCAUCCAAUCCCGUCCCACUGGUCCCCAGGGCUGGUGUGCGGAUAGAUUCCACCUAUCCUUCCUUCAUGCUAGGCGUCAAACUAUUGCGCUCGGCGCAAUGGCAGGAGAACGCAAGGGUUUUUUCCUCUACAUCCUGCAUUGAGCUUUUCCUAUUGAUCAGCCGCUUUUUGUGGAGGACCUCUGCUAUGCAUUGAAAAAAAUGUCGUUUCCACUGAAGGCGGACUUUCCUCUCCAUUUUAAUAUUCUAUCUUCCCCUCCACUUUAAUCAUUUUUAUUCUUCCUCUUGUUAUGCUGGCCAGCCCAAGCUUGGAUCGUUAUCCUCGUUUCGCCCUCUGGCGUAUGGGCCUUCCCUUACUUAUCCUUGGGCUCUCACAACUCUCGCUCAAGUAAAGACGUCCCCAAAGCCCUGCGAAACUUACAGGCUGUGAGUUUCUUUCUACUGCCAACUCGUUGCACAUCGCUGUUGGCCUGGCCUUCGCUUUCAAUAAUUGAGGGCAAGAAUGGCGAGCCAAACCCAGUUUCAGCUCUUCCCUCAGGUGCAGCCGCAAAAUAGACCAAAUGGUAAUCCAUUCAGAAAAGGCCAUCGACGCCGCGCUACGAAGUCUCCAGUGGUCUCACCAAUCUUGGGAAACGAGAAAGAAUCUUCCCAAACCGAAGCCGUCAUUCUUCAAAUUAUCGAGGACACAAAUAAGACCACUCUAACACCUCCCCCGCCUGUUCAUAUUGUGAGGUCAAAUUCCCCCACCCUCCGUGCGAAACCAGGAGAAGAAGCGAGAGUUGCAGAAUCCCCAAACGGGUCCAAUAAUGGCAAAUCUCCACCUCCCGGGUCCGCUUCACCGGAGCCUAUUCGAUCUGGAUCUCCUGUCCAAAUUGAGGUUACCAUGCUUAACUCACCGUCCAAAUCACCUACUUCACCAGCAAUGCCAAUGAGGUCAAUAUUUCCUCGUUACGAUCCCAACCUGCCUUUGAAUCAGCAACGUUACUAUCCCCAACGUUCGGCGCCUAACGAUCUUCCACGGGAAGUUAUCUCAAGAUCUGACUACAGCCCCAGUGUGGCCUCUCAACAAUCUGCUUUUCCUCACACGAUGCGCGAGUCCACCCAACUAGCCACAGCUGUGAAGCUUUCGUCGUCCGAGCAACUCACACGUCUAUGGGAGGCUGCAAAUGGAGAAGGGCCGCAGCCUGAACUUGGAACAUUUUACUUGCGCCUUUCCAAAGUGGACCAUCUCACAUACACAUUUGGAAACCAAUCUGCGACGCUAUAUACACUCAAAACUAACACAAUGGGUGACGUGGACAUUCAAAGAUCUCACCCAACCAGAGAGCAUACCAAGUCUCCCAUUGUUAUGCUCAACAGCACGGAAAUUAACAGGCCUAAUGGUGCUGGUUUUAUUACGGUUGUUUUUCCUAUGUUGGCGGGGAUCUUGGCCAGAGAUCAGGCCUUGAGCUUAUCAAGGCAACACCAACUAGCUCCAACCGACGCAAUGGAAGUGGAGGACGAUGCUGUUAGGCGGGCAGAAGCACAGGAGACUUGUAUACUGGAGUGGAAUGGGGUCCAUGGUCGGUACGACGUUCAGCAUCAGGCUUUGUUUAAUCAUCCAAGUGACGACCAGCAAAAUGAGGUCCAACGCCAAGGAUACCCUAUCAUAAAUAAACGGGGCCAAAUAUUACACCUCACGGUUUCCGCCUCCACAACAGAUAGCGCAGAGCUAGGCCAUCCUCCAUCAAUCCUUGUCACAAUCCCAGGCCGAGACUCGACUAAGGACACUCCAUUGGUAGCUCUAGACUUGGAGACAAUGAAUCUAUCAAUUGCAGCGGGUACAAUAUCUUCCACAAUCCCAGCCUUAUAUUGCAUAGACUCCUUAGUUGCCUCAAUCCUCAUCAUGGCAGCGACGGAUCAAUAUAUUAGAAACAUCCUGGGUGGUAUGAGCUUUGAAGCAGCUGUGAGCAAAGGAGAAUUCCCUGACCCAUAUGAUGUGGCACCCCCGGGGGCACCUUCGGCAACUUCCUCACAACCACGUUUCAACGGCAAGCUAAUCGCGACGCAAGCGGAGCGUGAUGAGGCGGAGCAAGAAGCUAAACUGAUGUCACAAAUUCAUUCCUCCCCCAAACGCAAGACGAGUUUUGCGUUUUGGAGAAGGUCGUCGUUUUACUCAUCCGAGAAGAAGACAAGAGUGAAAAAAAGUAAGAAUAAAAAUAUCCCGGUUGUGGUUGAGGAGAUCGACCUUGAAAACUACGGACGGUAUAGCAGCGGAUCUCACGAAGGAGAGGAAUUACCCGGUAUCGCGAGAUCCGUGCUGAAGCUGAUACUCUGGGGAUUAAAAGCUAUGGUCUGGGGCCUUACUGUCGCAGUGAAGUUUAUUGCAUGGUUCCUGGUUAGGUUGACACGGUGCUUUACUAGCGAGAAAUUUUAGCCCAGGGAAGAAAUUACGAGGCGUUUUUCAGAUAGGAGUUCCGGAGCAUGAUUCAGGAGUGUAUCAAACACCCGAUAAAACCUGUAAUCACAAAUGGGACUGGGAUAUGAUAAUAUUAUUUCUACUGGCGACAAUUUGUAGGGUAGCUGGGCUUCAUUCAUGAGCUUUACUUAUGUUUCUAUCAAACGAGCCUGGGAAGCUGGAGGGCGCUUUGUUCUAUUUUGCUACCUAUUUUUUAUAUAUAUAUAUUUCCCCCUUUAUUUAUGCACAUUUUUGCCUUUCACUUCUACAAUAUUUUGCAUUCCAUUGGUCGUACAUACGCACCCCCUUACGCCGUCCCACCUCCCCUACAGCUUCACUUUUCUUUUCUCAUACUGUUUUCACACAAAUGCUGGAGGGACAGGGCCGCAGCACAAGCACUUAAUGCGCAGCUAGAGAACAUGAUUGAUACACGCACACGUAGAAACUAGCCAAAGCCCACUUAAAUGACUUGAUGAGUGAAAUAUGAGUGAGUGCCAAAUCACUCAGUUGACUUCCAGGUGCAGAUUACACCUUCAUGAAAAAAAAGGCAUAACCUCAGCGAUAGCUGAAGAAUUCAUAUACUUAAGAUCAG